AUGCGGGUGGCCAAGUGGCUGAUGGGGCUGCUCUACCAGCUCUCGCUCUUCAUCACCAGAUCUUGGGAAGUUCACUUUCACCCAAGGCAAGAAGCCCUGGUGAGGUCACUGGCCUCCUACGAAGUGGUGACCCCCGCUCGGGUCAAUGAGUUCGGGGAAGUGUUCCCUCAGAACCACCACUUCAGCCGGAGGAAGCGCAGCCCCGAGGCGCUAGAGCUCACGCCGUUCAGGACCCAUUACCGCAUCAACGCCUAUGGGCAACUCUUCCAGUUGAACCUGAGCGCCGACGCGGCUUUCCUGGCCGGGGGCUACACGGUGGUGCACUUGGGAGCCCCCGCGCGCGGGGCAGAGGAACGCAGCGCGGCGCCCCCAGACCUGCGCCACUGCUUCUACCGCGGCCAGGUUAACGCGAGGGAGGAUCACAGGGCCGUCUUCAGCCUCUGUGGAGGCCUGAUGGGAACAUUUAAAGCACAUGAUGGUGAAUAUUUCCUAGAACCUAUAAUGAAGGCAGAUGGGAGUGAACAUGAAGAUGAUCACAACAAGCCACAUCUUAUAUACAGACAGGAGUUAAAGAGAAACCAUUUUCUGCAACCUCACAAUUCUUGUGAAGUUUCAGAAAGUCAAAUAAAGAAAAUCACUUUACCCUUUCAUAACUAUAGCAGCAUGAAUGAAGAUGUUAAUAUCAAUAAGGAAACAAUUUUACAAUACCCUUCAAAAAAUGUAUCACUGGAGGAUGAAACAAGUCAGUUACAUUCCAGGAAAAAACGUUUUUUAUCAUAUCCAAGAUAUGUGGAAGUUAUGGUUACAGCUGAUGCUAAAAUGGUUCGCCAUCAUGGACAGAAUUUACAGCACUACAUACUAACUCUAAUGUCAAUUGUUGCAGCAAUCUAUAAGGACUCAAGUAUUGGAAAUCUUAUAAAUAUAGUAAUUGUAAAAUUAGUUGUAAUCCACAAUGAGCAGGAAGGACCAGUCAUCAGUUUUAAUGCAGCUACCACUUUACGCAACUUUUGUUUAUGGCAACAAACUCAGAACGUGAUUGAUGAUGCCCACCCUUCCCACCAUGAUACUGCUGUUCUCAUCACUAGGGAAGACAUUUGUGGAGCCAGAGAGAAAUGUGACACAUUAGGUUUAGCAGAAUUAGGUACCCUGUGUGAUCCUUUACGGAGCUGCUCUAUUAGUGAGGAAAAUGGACUCAGUGCUGCCUUUACUAUAGCUCAUGAGCUUGGGCACGUAUUUAAUGUUCCACACGAUGAUAGUUUUAAAUGUAAGGAGACUGGAAUUAAACAUCAGUAUCAUGUAAUGGCCCCAAGUUUAAAUUACCACACGAGUCCUUGGACCUGGUCAAAAUGUAGUCAGAAAUAUAUCACUGAAUUCCUAGAUACUGGUCAUGGGGAAUGCCUCCUUGACAAACCAAAUGGAAGAAUAUAUGAUCUGUCUUCACAACUUCCUGGAUUGAUGUAUGAUGUAAACAAGCAGUGUGAACUUAUGUUUGGUCCUGGCUCACAAGUCUGUCCCUAUUUGAAACAGUGCAGACGUCUCUGGUGCACAAGCGCAGAAGGAGUUCACAAGGGCUGUCGGACUCAACACAUGCCACUGGCAGAUGGAACGAACUGUGGUCCUGGGAUGCAUUGCCACCAUGGACUAUGUGUAAACAAAGAUAUGGAAGCACGUCCUGUAGAUGGUGAAUGGGGACCAUGGGGACCUUAUAGUUCUUGUUCAAGAACAUGUGGAGGUGGAAUCAAAAGCACAACCAGGCUCUGUAAUCGCCCCGAGCCAAGAAACGGAGGAAAAUACUGUGUGGGCCGCAGGAUGAAAUUUCGAUCAUGUAAUACUGAUUCCUGUCCAAAAGGCAAGCAAGACUUUCGAGGGAAGCAGUGCUCUGAUUUUGAUGGUAAACAUUUCAACAUCAAUGGUCUUACUCCCAAUGUGAGGUGGCUUCCAAAGUAUAGUGGGAUUGCCAUAAAAGAUCGCUGUAAACUCUAUUGUCGGGUUGCCGGAACCACUAAUUUCUACCAGUUGAAGGAUAGGGUUGCUGAUGGUACUCCUUGUGGAACUGAAACUAAUGACAUCUGUGUUCAAGGCCUAUGUCGGCAAGCUGGCUGCGAUCAUGUGUUAAACUCUAAGGCCAAGAGAGACAAAUGUGGAGUGUGUGGUGGAGAUAACUCUUCUUGCAGGAUGAUGGCUGGUGUCUUCAAUAGUGCUCAUUAUGGUUAUAAUGUUGUAGUAAAGAUUCCCACUGGAGCAACAAACAUUGACAUUCUUCAGCACAGCUAUUCUGGAAAUCCAGAAGAUGACAAUUACCUUGCACUAUCUGACACUCAAGGGAAUUUUCUUUUGAAUGGAAAUUUUGUUGUAAGUAUGUCAAAAAAAGAAAUCAAAAUACAAGGAGCUAUUUUUGAAUACAGCGGUUCAAACAACUCAAUUGAGAGAAUUAAUAGUACUGAUCGACUUGAAGAAGAACUUGUUUUGCAGGUUUUGUGUGUAGGUAAUUUAUAUAACCCUGAUGUACAUUAUUCCUUCAAUAUCCCUAUGGAAGAGAAGAGCGAACUGUUUACAUGGGAUCCGUAUGGACCAUGGCAAGACUGUACCAAAAUGUGUCAAGGUCUUCAUAGAAGAAAAAUUACCUGCAUACGUAAGAGUGAUCGUAUGGUAGUGUCUGAUCAAAGAUGUGAACACUUAUCUCUUCCUUUGUUUGUGACUGAAAAGUGCAAUACAGAUUGUGAACUAAGGUGGCACAUUAUUGGCAAAAGUGAAUGUUCAUCCCAUUGUGGUCAAGGAUAUAGGUCCAUGGAUGUCCACUGCAUGAAGUAUUCCAUUCAUGAAGGACAGACUGUUCCAGUAGAUGACCACUACUGUGGUGACCAGCUUAAACCUCCUACCCGGGAACACUGCCAUGGUGUCUGUGUCUUAACAAGGUGGCAUUAUUCAGAAUGGUCCCAGUGUUCCAGAAGUUGUGGAGGAGGUGAAAGGUCUCGAGAAUCCUACUGUGUAAAUAACUUUGGCCAUCGUCUUACUGAUAGAGAAUGCCAAGAGCUUCCCCGAGUAACAGUAGAGAAUUGCAAUGAAUUUCCCUGUCCCAGUUGGGCUACUAGUGAGUGGAGUGAGUGCUUUGUUACAUGUGGACCAGGAACAAAGCAGCGGCAGGUAUGGUGUCAACUGCAUGAAGAUCGCUUGAGCGAUGGCUUCUGUAAUCCAAAUAUCAAACCUGAAUCUCUGAGACCAUGUGAGCUCCGUAAAUGUGCUUCCUGGCAAGUAGGACCAUGGGGUUCUUGCACAGCCAUAUGUGGACAUGGCUAUCAGAUGCGUGCUGUUAAAUGUGUCAACGAGCUCUUUAGUGCAGUGUUAGAUGACAGAGAGUGCGGUGGAGCUGGUCGCCCAAGUGACAGGCAGGACUGUAUAGUUACACUGUGCCCAAUUAUCCCUAAAACUGGAGCUAGUUCAUUACCUGCUCUUCCUAUGGAGAAGAUAGCACAAUGGCGAUAUGGUUCUUGGACCCCAUGCUCCGUGUCUUGUGGAAGAGGCAAUCAAGCUCGCUAUGUAAGCUGUCGUGAUGUUCAUGAUGGAAUAGCAGAUGAAUCAUAUUGUGCCCAUUUACCCCGACCUCCUGAAAUAUCUGUCUGUUUUAGCCCUUGCGGGGAAUGGCAAGCAGGGAGCUGGUCACCUUGUUCAGCAUCCUGUGGCAAUGGAAAAACAACUCGACAAGUUUUAUGCAUCAACUACCAUCAGGAGAUUAAUGAGGAUUACUGUGACCCUGAAGUUCGCCCUUUAAGAGAACAAGAAUGUAACCUGGCAGCCUGCCCACCCACAUACAGCCACUUUCCAGGUUCCUCUGAACAGCCAAGCCAUUCUCCAGGCAGAAAUUUUCCAUUAACUCACAAACCAGAAGAUAAUCAAAAUCUGGGGUUCCAUCCAUCAAUCAGAGGAAACCAAUGGAGAACAGGACCAUGGGGAUCAUGUUCUAGUAGUUGUGCCGGAGGUCUUCAGCAUAGAGUUGUGGUGUGCCAGGAUGAAAAUGGACAGAGUGCCAGUUACUGUACUGCAGCCUCCAAGCCCCCAGAGUCAAAGCUCUGUGAUUCAGGACCUUGUCCACGAUGGAACUACGGCAGCUGGGGAGAGUGUACACAAACAUGUGGAGGAGGAAUAAAAUCAAGAUUCGUAAUAUGUCAGUUUCCCAAUGGCCAAAUGUCAGAAGAGCAAAACUGUGAAAUCUUAAACAAGCCACCUAGUGUGACACAAUGUCAUGUGCAUGCUUGCCCUGAUGAUGUUUCAUGGCAUCGGGGACCAUGGAAAUCGUGCUCAGCUUCCUGUGGUAAAGGUAUAAAGUAUCGUGAGGUACUUUGCAUUGACCAGUUACAAGGAAAAUUAGAAGAAAAGUAUUGCAGUCAUCUACAGAGACCUCGAACUCACAAAGUUUGUAGAUCUGGCAGAUGUCCUUCAUGGAAAGCUAAUAGAUGGAAGGAGUGCUCUGUAACUUGCGGCCCUGGGAUUCAGCAAAGGGAUGUGUACUGCAGACUGAAAGGCGUUGGUCGAGUGGCUGAAGAAAUGUGCGAUCCGUCCACCCAGCCUCAUUUUCAGAGGCGAUGUUGGCAUGAGGACUGUGUGCAGUACAGGUGGAUUGCAGGACAUUGGCAAGAUUGUUUGGCAUCAUGUAAGAGAAAAGAGACACAUCGACAAGUGAAGUGUAUUGAUGCACAAAAUUUUCCAGCCAAUGAAAGUUUCUGUGAUCCUUCAACCAGACCUCUUUCAAUCAAAAAGUGCAGGAACCCACCCUGCACAUAUAUUGUGGUGACCAGAGACUCAUCACAGUGUGCAGAUAACUGUGGAUUCAGUUACCAACAAAGGAUUACAUAUUGCAUUGGGAUCCGGUCUACUGAGAAAAAUAAACUCCAUCAGCUUCAGCCUAUAGACUAUCGAGAGUGCCCUGUGCUGCUUUCCCCUCAGGUUUACAAAUGCAAUUUUAGGAGCUGUUUACAUGUGGCCACUUGGAGAGUUGGAAAAUGGAGCAAGUGCUCAGUGACUUGCGGAGUUGGGAUAAUGGAGAGAAGAGUGGAAUGCAUGGCUGAAAAUGGUUGGUCCAGUGACUUAUGUUUAAAGCGUUUAAAACCAGAUGCUCAAAAGAAAUGUUAUGUCAAUGACUGUAAAACAUUUACCAGCUGCAAAGAAAUCCAAGUGAAAAACAACAUUAAGAAGGAUGGUGAAUAUUACCUUAACAUUAAGGGAAGAACAAUAAAGAUUCAUUGUGCAGGCAUGCAGUUGGAGAAUCCCGAGGAAUAUAUAUCAUUGGUCAAAGGUGAAGAAGACAACUUUUCUGAAGUAUAUGGCUUUAGACUACAAAAUCCAUAUGAAUGCCCUUUCAAUGGGAGUAGGAGGCAAGACUGUGAAUGUAAAAAUGACUAUCUGGCCGCUGGAUACACUGUCUUCAGCAAAAUAAGGAUUGACCUCACUUCUAUGCAAAUUAAAACUACAGACCUUCUUUUUUCCCAGACAAUAUUUGGAAAAGCAGUUCCAUUUGCCACAGCUGGAGAUUGCUAUAGUGCUGCCAGAUGUCCACAGGGACAGUUCAGUAUUAAUUUGGCAGGAACUGGGAUGAAGAUAUCCAGCACAGUGAAAUGGCUUGCUCAAGGGAGUUAUGCCUCUGUCAUCAUACACAGAUCACAGGACGGAACCAAAGUCUAUGGCAGAUGUGGAGGGUUCUGUGGAAAGUGUGUUCCUCACAUGACUACUGGUCUUCCAAUUCAAGUAAUAUGA